UCCACUUGUGUUGGGGCUGCGGGAGCUUAGGGUCUCAGUGUGAUUGUCCAUACAGCAGCACUAUAUCCCAACGCCAGUGUAUCCCAACAAAGUACCUAUUUUUUAAACGUUAUCGAGCACGCACGCAGUGCCGGUGUCAGUUAUAGCUAAAGGCAGUUAUCUCAGCCAUUGUUAUUCAACCAAACUUCGUAAUCGUAAUGAAAGCUAGAGUAGAAAACGGCAUUGUCUAUUCCCCGUUUCCUGACCAGGAAAUUCCUUGUUGUAGCUUUUAUGAGGCAGUCAAAAAGGCACUCAUGAUCGACCCCGAUAAGCCUAUCCUGGCGGACGACUCCAUCACAUUGACGAAGAGAGAACUUCUUUCCCGACUACAACGCUACGCAGCUGGCUUUCAGCGAUACGGAAUAGGGCCUGGAGCUCGCAUCUGCAUCCAUAUCGGAAACAGCGUCGAAAGCAUUAUCGCCAUGUGGAGCUGCGUCGUGGCUGGGGCAUCCAUUGUCCUCGCCAAACCGUCGCUCACUGAAAACGAACUGCUGUAUCAGGCCACCGACAGUGACAGCACCCACCUCCUUGUUGACCCAGACCUUUCUGAAAAAGCAAAGAACGUGGCGUCAGCGUUGGGUGUGAAGGGCUUCGUUACUGCCGGGGAAGAUAGAGGCGACUUCGUAUCGACAUCAGCAUUUCUGAACAUCGCUGAGACGGAGUUUCAAGAAACCACAAUAGAGGAUGUACGGGAAUGCGUGCUCUGCAUCCUGUACACGUCGGGUACAACGGGCCUGCCCAAGGGUGCUGAGCUGACACACUACGCCUUACUUGCAAACAUCGGAAUGUCAAGGUUGACCUUCCCGCAUGAUGACUCCGACGUGGUACUUUUGCCCACACCAAUCACGCACGGCUCAGGCUUAUUGUACAUCACAAUUAGCGUCCUACUGGGCACGAAGACCGUAGUGAUGACUCCAAACGCAAGCUUGGAACAAGUAAUUAGUGCUGUCAGCAAGCAUAAGGCGACGGCUGCCGUGUUUCUACCGUGGCACCUCCAGUAUCUUGUGGGAGAGAUGCAGCGCACGAACCGGCGCAUUAAAGGACUGCGAUGCGUGUCGACUGGAGGGAGCACACUGACGGAGCCACAGUAUGACGCCGCUCGGGAAGCCUUCGGUUGCGAGCUGGAGUGUUUGGCUAACGUCUACGGGAUGACGGAAUCCUUAUGCUUGCUGUGCUCUCCGUCACUGAAGGCGGCUGUUGGCAACGAUAUCGGAUUUCCUGCACCAAUGACGCAGAUAAAAAUUGUCGACCGUUUGACCGAUAGAAGACUCGGCCCGAACCUGACCGGAGAGAUCCGCUACCGAGUACCCACUGUAAUGAAGAGUUACUACAAGCGGCCAAGGGAGACUAAGGAAUUCUUCGAUUCCGAAGGAUGGUGCAAGUCAGGAGAUGCUGGCUACUACGACGAGGAAGGGCGCAUACACUUUGUUCAACGCUUUAAAGAAAUGAUCAAAUGUAUGGACAACCAGGUUGUGCCUGCAUCCCUCGAGGAAAUCUUGCUCAAGGCGCACUACCAUGAAGUUUUGGACGUCUGCGUCGUUGGCAUACCCAACCCAAAGUUCGGAGAGGCACCGGCAGCUGUUGUUGUGCCUCGAAACAAGAACAAUGCUCUCCCUGAUUUGGCCAAGAGAAUUAAAUCCACCAUUGUUGAGAACUGCGCUGCCCACAACCACCUUUACGGCGGUGUGUUCUUCGCGGACUUCUUACCCAAGACUGAAUCCGGCAAGACAAACAGGACAGCCGUCCUUCAGGAGUGUGGCCAACUUACUGCGUACUAAAGGCGUCAGCUUUCUUUUGCGACAUUUUCCAGCUAGACAUAAGAAGAUGUGGAGCAAUUGAUACUAUUUUAAUUCACAUCCGCGUCCUACAAUUGACACUUCUCGGUAGUUUUACUGUACAAAUAAAGCUAGCUAGUUUCUAAGAAGCAACUCAGCCAGUGCAGCAUUCUCACAAUGGCGUAAUGCCCGAAGAUGAAUUGGUGACAUCGGAAAGCAGUUCAAGUCGCGAUUCCUUGACGACACGAACUUUCAUCCGAUGUCUCGGGACACAAAGACAUUUCAGCCAUUACCUGGACCGAAAUUCUAUCACGUUUUUAUGAGUGAACGAUAAUAAGGCCGCUUCAUUUCUUAUAGCUUAGUGUCGAUCUUGUAGCACCACUGGUCAUAUCAUCACAUAAAGCGUACAAAACACAAAUGUUCUCUGAUAAUCGUGGACACUAGGGUUUAUGAUCGUUCCCAUACGCGUAGCUGUCAAAAACUAAAUCUUUUAACUUUCAAGCUAGAACAUUCAAACACACUCUUUUUCUAGCCAAUUGAACAAUGCAAUUAUUUACCAGGAGGUGCUCAUUAAUUGCGGUUACGUGACUUUUUGUAACUGAUGUGUGAUGUCUGAUCUCCACCCCUGCAAUAAGCCCAACGGGUCUGCAGUACAAAAAAUAAAAAAUAAAUAAAAUGUGCAUUUUCCGCAUGCGUUCCGCUACGCGCCAAGCAUGCGUGCACGCCGAAUUUAUGGGAAAACCAUAACCGUGUUUCGUAUGCGUACAGUAAUGACGAUAAUUUUAGGCAUGCUACUUCAGCACAGUGUAGUAUAAUUAUGCGCCACAAUGUAGUGAGGAACUCCGGAAUAAUUUUGACCAGCUGGGGCUCGUAAAUGUUCGCCUAGAUCUACGUACGACGCUGGUGUUACAUUUCGGCCCGGUCGAAUUGCGUCUGCCAUUGCCGGGAAUCAAGGCCGCGCCCUCUAGCUUUACCGGGUGGUACCUCACCAGUGAAAGGGUCCAUGCAAGACAAGUUAGGCAUGUCAUGUUGGUCGCUUCUUCUGGUACUCGUUGCGCUAGUGUUAUUUUCCUGGACGUGACAGCGACGACAAAGCCGGCAUUGGUGAUGCGUUUUGAUGAGCUUGACACGGCAAGUCGGAUGAAUUAUUAUUAUGGCCCCAGCUAGGGCACACUGUUUCGCUGUAAAAAUUAUAACAUUUCUUACACUUCCUGGACUCCUCUUUCUGAAUAUAAAAAUGUAGAAAAUAAUUCCAAAGCGACGCUAGGUACGCUGCGACUUUCCGAUGAAUGGACCCAGCCAGUGACGUAAGUGGCCGAGUGAAAUGUGAAAGGGAACGUUUUCUUUUUUUGUCGUCUUCUGCUAGAGCUUUGAACUCUGACGACAAAUAACUUCAGUUCCCGUGCACCAAUAAUUUUCAUUAUUUUGGUGUUCAUGUCAGUUUUCAAUACUACACACACUCGAGUUCUACAGAAGGCAAACGAACAAAAUUACACCAUCUUCCGCUAAAGGGGACCAUGACGCGAUGUGAAGCCGGAGCACUUGCACAAUCGCAUUCCGUUGGCAUUCGCUGCGCAUGCUACACUCUAAGAAGAAAAAGCGUAUACGUGACUCUCUUCGGAGAGUUCUGAUUUGCCACGUCUACGACUCUCUUCAAAGAGUCACUGUGACUCUCUUGGUGGGUCAGUGUCGCCGCGCUCUAGGAGAGUUCCCUGGCCCUCUAGCAAAAGCGGAGGGACUCGUAUCCGAAGGAUCACGUUACCACUUAUACGGAGUCAGACGACUCUUGCCGGUAACACUCCUACGGGGAUCAAUUGACCCACACCGAAGCGUCAAGCGACUCCACAACUAUUUUAAGCCACUCAUUUGACCCUUGCUCUACUUUAGCGCGACUACUGUUGAAAAUAGUGAAGUAUUCAUUUUAAGCAAGUCCAAUAAUGCUUGCCGUU